CUCUUCUCCUCCUACGCUCCAACUCUCUCUCGAGAAAUGGCCAACUUAGCCAUCCUGUUUCUGCUAUUCUCGAGCUUAGUAUCCUCUUUGCACGCUGCAAAUGCCAAAAAACAUUGGCCCGCAGGAGGAUCCACCAGGUUCUAUGACUUCAAGGUACAAACUCUUAGAGUUACUAAACUCUGCAACAUAAAGGACAUUGUGACGAUUAACAAUAUGUUCCCGGGCCCUGUCGUCUAUGCCCAAGAAGAUGAUAGAAUCAUCGUUAAGGUCACCAAUGAAACUCCACACAAUGUCACCAUUCAUUGGCAUGGUGUGAGGCAGAGGCUGUCCUGCUGGUUCGACGGUCCAUCGUACAUUACCCAAUGUCCCAUCCAAGCCGGCCAGAGUUUCACAUACGAGUUCACCAUGGUGAAGCAGAAGGGCACCUUUUUCUGGCAUGCUCAUGUUUCUUGGCUCAGGGCCACCGUGUACGGUGCCCUUAUUGUUUACCCCAAGACCGGCGUCCCCUACCCUUUCAAGUACCCUUACGAGGAGCACAUCGUCAUCCUAGGAGAGUAUUGGCUCAAAGACGUUGUCCGGCUCGAGAAGCAGGUCCUUGCCAGCGGCGGCGGUCCUCCUCCCGCCGAUGCCUUCACCAUCAACGGCCACCCUGGACCCAAAUACAAUUGUUCAUCCAAUGAUGUGUAUAAGAUUGAUGUGGUUCCGGGCAAGACGUAUAUGUUAAGGCUGAUAAACGCCGGUUUAAACAUGGAGAACUUCUUCGCCAUAGCCAAUCACAAGAUGACAGUUGUGGAAGCAGAUGCAGAGUACACAAAGCCGUUCACCACAGACCGUGUGAUGCUGGGACCGGGGCAGACCAUCAACGUCCUUGUGACCGCCGAUCAGCCGAUCGGUAAAUACUCCAUGGCCAUGGGUCCCUACAUGUCAGCUCAAAACGUCCCAUUCCAAAACAUCUCCUCUGUUGCAUACUUCAAUUACUUAGGCACCGUGCUCAACAGCAUCUCGUUGCAGGCCAAAUUACCAACGUUCAACGACAACUUUGCCGUUAAGACCGUCAUGGACGGACUCAGAAGCCUUGAUCAAGUCAAUGUUCCUAAAGAAAUUGAUAUGACUUUGUUUGUGACCGUCGGUUUGAACGUUAACAAAUGCAAAUCCAAGACGCCGCAACAGAACUGCCAGGGUCCGAACAAUGGGACAUUUGCGGCGUCAAUGAACAACUUCACUUUCGUAAAGCCUCCGAUUUCGGUUUUGGAAGCUUAUUAUAAGAACAUUGAAGGGCAAUUCACUGAGGACUUCCCUGGGGCACCCCUUCAAUUCUAUGACUUUGUCAAUGGGGCACCAAAUAAUGCCCCUAAUAAUACACAGGCUCUGAAUGGGACUAGGACCAAGGUCAUAGAAUACGGAAGCAAAGUUCAGAUAAUUUUCCAGGACACUGGGACGGUGAGCACGGAAAACCACCCAAUUCAUCUUCAUGGCUACAGCUUCUACGUGGUUGGAUUUGGCAACGGAAACUUUAACCCGCAAACGGCGAACUUCAACCUAGUGGAUCCGCCUUACAUGAACACCAUUGGAGUUCCGGUGGGCGGAUGGGCAGCAAUUCGGUUUGUUGCGGACAAUCCGGGGGUUUGGUUCAUGCACUGUCACCUUGACGUACACCAAUCGUGGGGAUUAAGUGCGGUGUUGAUAGUGAAGAAUGGGGUGGGAGAGCUCGAGACUCUACCCCAUCCGCCGGCAGACCUGCCACGGUGCUAGUGCUGCUAGAGACCAUGGAUAAUGGAUCCUCCUAAACGGCUGUGAUCUUUCCGAUCGAGGAUUCUUUGGCGCAUGUGCGUUAUAAAUUGUCCAUUUCUUUUGAGUUCAUAGAAUUUUAUUUAUGGAUGCAUGUUGGUAAACAUGUAAUCAACUGAAUAAAUAAAACUGCAAAUU